AAUUGACUCAGUUUCAGCUAAGCCCGAGCGACGUGCACCCGCGGCGCGCGUCCUCCUAUAUAAGCAGAUCUUGCAAAAUCGUCGCACAUUCGAACAUCAACCUGUCCAGGAAGUCAUCCUUUUGCAAUUCAUUCACACAUCAUGUUUUUAUUUCUGGUUCUUGGAGUAGUGCUGACGCAAUGCUCGGCGAGCCCCGCAGUCGACGGACAGGCCAAACCGCAGGUUCUACACUAUGAGAUGGAAACUGCCGAUAUGCCCAACUCCUACAAUUUCUAUUACGACACAAGUGACGGUUCGUCCCGGACGGAGCACGGGGUCAUCCUGAACCCAGGCACUAACGAGGCGGCGCUGGACGUGCUGGGCACGGUGCGCUGGUACGACAACAAGGGACAGCUCUACGAGAUGUCCUAUAAGGCUGGAAAGAGAGGCUACAGGACGAUUAUCAAGAAAGUGAAGCAACGCUAACGAAAUUUAAAAAUAUUUGUGUUAGUCAAUGUGUAAUUUUAAAACCAAUUCCGAUUUCAAAUUCCUGCAAAGAGAAAUUAGGUUUAAUAGGUACUUUAAAUUUUUCAUACAUUCAGGUAAUUUUCGUGCUAAUCAAAUUCAAAUGAACAAAUUAUGUAUGUAUAUGAAUUUUGAUGAAGUUAGUUAAAACAAUAUUAAUUGUCAAUGAAUAUAGGUAGGUAAAGCCUGACAAAAUUAUAUUCGUCCCUCACCAUGUAUGGCCAUGUUGCGGAUUGUCAGUGUUACUAAUUUGUUCUACUAAUAAUGUCCUCCUCGCCGUGUCCGACGACGGCGACUCCAACCGUUUUUAAUGGGAAACAUGGAACGCUCUAAUGUGGCUUGCGAAGCCAAACUUGGUUUUGAAGAUUGCAUGGUACGCAAUGGAGCUGGCCGGCUGAAUUGUAGGUGUAGGUGUACAAAGGCUUCGGGCGCGUCUUACGGAGAUGGCGCUUAGCAUCCAAAUCUUCUAAGCGCUGCUGCUCGUAUUGCUCUACUUUUUUAUGAACAGUUGCGCGCCAUGCCGUUCUACACAUCGCGCUUUCCUCCCAGGAAUCGCUCGCAAGCAAGCAAGGAUACAAUAAACAAAUAUACAUCAAAGAAAGGACGAAGGAUUGCGGAGUAUUCGAAUAAAAAAUGUUUAGAAAUUCUGAAUCUUUGACAAGACCCGUACUGAAAUUUUAUUUGACUUGAAUUAUUUUGAUGUACAUACAUACAUUUUAGACACAAAGUAAGUUAGUAGUAGCGUCACUAUCUCGGGGCCAGAAAGGAUCUUGUAAGGGUUUACCUAAUUAAAAAUUGAUUUGUUUGACAAUUUUGUGGCAUUGUCAUUUUGCCAAAAAUAUAAUAUGAUGCAUAGUGUCGGGAACAAGACUGGAUUUUUGUAGGUUUUGAUUGAUCACAAAAAGUUAAAUGUAAUAGGUAAGCAAAGUGAUUUAUAGUUUAAGAAUAUUUAAGUUAUUUAUAUUUUCUUUUUUAUUUAUUCAGUUAUGUUUCUAUCUAUCAUUAUAUUUUUUAUAACCAAU